AGCGCCUGACCGCAGCCCAAAAUGGCCCUGAGCCCAGGGAGCCCAGCAGGGAUCGGCGAGAAGGUGGCGCGGGCGGCCGCCGGUUCCACGGGGGCCUCCCUGGAGUUAUUCACUUUUCCCGCCACCGGGCUUCCCGCCGCCUUGGGCUCCUCGGUGGCGGCCGCGGCGCUGGAGCAGCUCUUGGUUGUGGAACAAUCACUACAAAAUGACUAUUUUAAAUGCAAUGAAGAAGCCCGAAUCUUUCUUAAGGACAUUGCUGUAGCUGUUAAGAAAUUGGAAGAAAUGAGAAAAAAGACAAUUGAUCUUCUGGAAAUUGAAAGCAUGGAAUUCAGCAGACUCUAUUUUCUUUUGGAGACUCUUCCCAAUAUCAUGAGCAGGGAAUUGGAAGAAUGUGUGACCGAUGCUCGGAGAUUAAAUCUUUCUGAGAUAAAUAAAAUACGAAUGAAAAUUAUAAGGCUGGAUAAUGAAGUAGAGCUUCUGAAGAAGACAAUAAUUGAUCUGAAUGAAAAAAAUGAAGCUCUGGGUGAAAAGCAAGAAGAGCUAGCAAAAAAGCACGCACACUUUGUCCUGUUGCUCAACCACACAAUGGAAGAAAAAGCCAGCACCACUGUUUACAUUAAUGAGACUUACACCAAAAUUAACUUGGAGAAAGAAGAACUAGAACUGCAAAAAAGACGUAUUCAAGAAACAGAGGAGUUAAUGGAAAAAGAAAGAUCAGACUAUUUGCUGAAAAAAGACCUAUUGGCUACGAAGAUGGAAGAAUAUAAAAAGAUAUGUGAACUUAAGAGGAAGGAAACUUUAACAAAGAAGAAAGAAUUGGAUAAAUUACGAGUUAAAGUAUCAAAAAUAAAAGAAACUGUUACUACCAGCUCAGUGGUUAUUAGUGACCACAAUUUAGAGAUAGCACGACUGUAUGAAUCAAUACGGCAUUGGGAAGAACUGGUUGAAGACCUAAAGACUUCCUGCAAGAAUCUGGAGGAUAAAAUGCAUUUUUUUAAAACUCAUAAGGAAAAACUGGAUGAUUCAUCCAAUGUUGAAAAAAAUGAAAUCCUGAACAAGAUAAAACAGCUGGCUGAAAAUCUACACAAAGCUCGCUUAGAAAACAAAGAUCUACGAGGGAAAAUUCAUACUCUUAUCAGACAAUAUAAGAUUGUCUUAAAUGAGGAGGAUAAAGUUUUUCUUCAGAAACGAAAGAUCUAUGAUGAAAAUCAGAAACAACUGACAUUUAUUGCUCAGAAAGAAAACUUCCUAAUGCAAAGAAAAGUAGACAUCAAAAAUAUGGAAGAAGGACUCAUCACACUCACUGAUCUUCAUCGAGCAACAAAGGACAUAUAUCGGAAACAAAUAAAAGUCUUAAGUGAUAACCUAGAAAGAGAAACUCAGAGAUGUAUUAUAAGUCAGUGGAAAAUAGCUUGUUUGAGAAAAAAGCAUGACCGUUGGAGACUUGAAGUAGAAGCUCAGAUAGAAACACUUUUGGCUAAAAUUCAGAAGGCAGAAGCAAGACGAACUUCAUUACUUAAAGAGACCAGCUUAAGAGAAAAGGAGAUUAAUGAAAUUGUACUACAUAUUGAAAAACUUGUAAUAGAAUUAAAAGAAGAGGAAGAGGAAUUUAUUAGCAAAGAAAAAAAGUUAAUAGAAGAGUUAAACAAAUAUGAGGAAAGAUAUGUUAUAGAAACACAAAUUAAUAAAGAAAAAGAAGAUGAACUAGUUGAGUGUCUUCCACAACUUCAUGGGGCAGAAGAAGAGUACAGAGAAAAAAUGAGGAAGUUAGAAGAGCUCAAUGAUAUUCUUAAAGCACAAAAGCAGGACGAGGAUUUACUGAACAAUCAAAUUUCUCAGUUUACACGGGACUUUUCACGAUACUUUAGCAAUGCGGGGAAAGUGAGGAAUGAAUUAAGACAGCUACGAAUUCAAGAAAGCAAAAAACUCAAAGAUCAUUUUACAAUUCUAAAGAACUUAGAAAAUGAAAUCUACGUACAUGACCAAAAAGCAGACCUUUUGCUGCUGGAAAAUAAAAGAUUAAGAAAAUACAUAGAACACACCAAGAACAGCAUAGAAAAAUACAGCAAUGGACAAGAAGCCCUCAGGCAUUCCUCAAAUAUCCUGUCUUGGCAACUGACAGGUCAGAAGGCACUGUAUAUGCACCUGUGGGCUAGAUUUCAGAUCACAGUUAAGGAUUUGGUGGACAGUGGUAAAGAGACCUUGCAAGAAAUAAAAGAUCUAAUAGACAAACUGCAGAGACGGGAUGAAAAAGUUGAGCAAAUCAGUAGUUGGCUACAAGGGAGUCUUGAAGAGCUGCUUUUUCUUAUGGAUCAAGAAUCCCAAACGGACCUUCAAGAAAACAAGAAAAAGAGUCCUACCAAAAAAGUCUAUAUCUCAGCAACUAAAUGCACUAGGAAUGAUGCAAAGGAGUUGACAAAGAAUAACAAAAUAACUCAAGGAUAUACUAUGAUGAAUUCAAAAGGCAUUUAAAAACUACAGAACAAGAACAACAAUUCAGACAUAUCUUCAACCAAAUGAUAAACAAAACCUGUUACAUAAAAUAUGCUAUAUUUUUGUAAUAGAUCAAAAUACUGUAUUGGUGAAAAUAAAUAGGUAACAAAAAACAACAUACUUAAUUUCUGUGCUUGCUAUCAGACCCCACAGGUGUACUUGUCUUCAUAGUUCAUUAUAAGUGAAAAAAAUGGAAACAUACAGGCAUGCACAAUUAUGCCACUGCUAGAGG